GAGACGAGAAGAGGGGGAAGGAGAAGGGACAGAGGAGAGAGCGGGGGGAUGACUGCAUGAAAAGGAAAAAAUAAAUAAACAACAACCAUGACUCCUGUAAAUCGUCCUCCGUUUAUAUUCAAACCGGUAAAUCAAAACGCUCGGUCUGUUUACCUACACAGUAUGCCGCAAUAAAUGACGAGCCUUCCCAAUAAGUGUAAACUGGCUUGAAAGACAUGUCAUCUCCGGGCAUGGGUACCCCAAGUGACCCCCUUCUCAUCAGCUCAGGAGAGGGGGCAUCAUCCACAUCUCAGGAAAGUAGCUGGAGGAACUCCCUAACCAAAACUUCCAGCUUCCCAACAUCCUCAACUCGGCAUCUCAGUCACCGAGCCAACAACUUUCAGAGACAGCCAAAGCGCCAGAAGCUGAUAAGACCUUCACCACCUCCUCCACCUAACACACCCUGCCCCCUGGACCAGCUGGACCUCAGUGAGCUUCCCCCAAGACGCACCCUCCGAGAGCUGCUCUUCAAUGGCAGCAUCAUGUUUGGUAUUGAGUUUAGCUAUGCCAUGGAGACGGCUUAUGUUACCCCUGUGCUCUUACAGAUGGGCUUGCCAGAUCAGUUCUACAGCUUGGUGUGGUUUAUCAGCCCCAUACUGGGAUUUGUCGUUCAGCCUCUCAUAGGAGCAUGGAGUGAUCGUUGUACAUCCCGGUUUGGGCGAAGGAGACCCUUUAUUUUAGCCUUGGCUAUAGGGGCAUUGAUGGGUCUAACCCUGGUGCUGAAUGGACGGGACAUUGGAAGUGCGAUGGCAGACACAGCAACAAAUCACAGGUGGGGGAUUUUCCUGACAGUGUGCGGUGUGGUUCUGAUGGACUUCAGUGCUGAUUCAUCUGACAAUCCAAGCCAUGCCUACAUGAUGGAUGUGUGUAGCCCAGAAGACCAAGAUCGGGGUUUGAACAUCCAUGCCCUACUGGCAGGAUUAGGAGGUGGAUUUGGCUACAUCGUGGGUGGCAUCAACUGGGACCAGACAAAAUUUGGACAGUCACUGGGGGGUCAACUACGGGUCAUAUUCAUGUUCACAAGUAUCACUUUAGUAUUUGCCACACUCAUGACUCUGUUCAGUAUCCCCGAAAGGCCACUACCGAAGUGCCAUUCAAACAAGAUCCCCAGCAAAACUCAUUUAAAAAGCCCCAGCCUCCCUCUACCUCUAUCUCCUCCUGUUCAUGGAUCAGCCUUUGGACUGGAUGAGGAAGAUGAGGAAGGUCUUUACAGCUAUGAUUACUCAAAGCCAUGUCAUUUUGAUCCUAUGGCCCAUUCUUGCAGUGCCAGUGCACGCCUUUGUGCUGGCCUUACAAGCCCAAUAUCCCCACUGAGCCCCCUCACUCCAAAAUAUGGCAGCUUUAUUAGCAGGGACGGCUCGAUCAAUGGCAUCAAUGAGUUUGCCUCUUCAUUAGGAACCUCUUACAUAGACAGUGUGCUCAUAAACUGCUACACAGGUCCACAGACACCACAGGGCUGUGUCCACAACUCAACCACUGCACCCCUGCCUCCUGGUGAUUCCCCUCCCCCUGGCGAGCACAGACAGAGUUCAGGGAGUUAUUCUGCCCAGACAGAUGUGGCAUCUAAUCCAGCAGGGGAAGCUCGAGAUCCAGAAGAGCCACAGCCUGAGGGAGAUGCACCAUCUCAUGGAGCAUCUCAGGUCACAGUUCAAUCACAUUCGGGGUCACAGCGGCGCUCUUCCUCUGGUAUCCUGAAGCGACCCCAGAGCCUUGCACUACUAGAAGACUCCUCCACAAGCCAGAUUAUUGGGUUGGAGAGUGGACACAGGAGAACCGUUACCUUCAGCCAGCAGGUUGCAAACAUUCUGCUGAAUGGGGUGCGAUAUGAUAGUGGUCUGACUGAGAGUGUGGAGACAGGAGAAUGCCAAAUGUCGUUGAAGCUUCUGUGUAUAGCCAUCUACAGGAUGCCGCCCUCUCUGCGGAGUUUAUGCACUAAUCAUUUUUUGGGCUGGCUGUCCUUUGAAGGAAUGCUGCUCUUCUACACUGACUUCAUGGGGGAAGUUGUAUUUAAAGGAGACCCCAAGGCGCCCCAUGACUCUGAGGCUUACGAACGCUACAAUGCUGGUGUUAGCAUGGGCUGCUGGGGCAUGUGCAUCUAUGCAUUCAGUGCUGCUUUCUACUCAGCCAUAUUGGAGAAACUCGAGGAGCGUUUCUCUCUCCGCACGCUGUAUUUUUUUGCCUACCUGGCGUUUGGUUUGGGCACUGGCCUAACCACACUAUCCACCAACCUCUAUGUGGUUCUGUCUCUGUGUGUCACCUACGGGGUGCUCUUCUCCUCUCUAUGCACGCUGCCUUACUCUCUGCUGUGUGAAUACUACCAGAGUCCUCAGUUUUGUGGCUCAUCAGAGGACGGGACCAAACGAGGCAUGGGGGUGGACAUCUCUCUGCUCAGCUGCCAGUACUUCCUGGCUCAGAUCCUGGUCUCUGUGGCGAUGGGACCUCUGACCUCACUGGUGGGUGGGGCCCAGGGAGUGAUGUAUUUUUCAAGCCUGAUGUCAUUCGUUGGCUGCCUGUACUCCUCCCUCUGCGUGGUGUACCAGCUGCCCCCCCCUGAGGGUGAGCUCACCGAAAGCGAGACCCAGCCACUAUUGGUGAACACGUAGUAAAGCCUAUAAAUUUAGUUUACCUCUCACACACAUACACUCAUAUUAAACAGCAUUCACGCUCUCACUCUGUUGCAAAGCGUCUGAGAGUGAUGACCUUUAAAGCACUGACAGGACAGACACACUGUAGACAGACACAUCCUGCUGCACACUGUAUAGCACAACGACAUAUAUUGUUUCACACUUAUCAGCAGUGUUCUCCUCAGAGCUUGACAGACAGACAGACAGACAGACAUUGGCCACUGCUCUAGUAUGUGUAUACCUGACCAGUGUGUUCAUAUAGUGUGUGUGUGUGCCUAUAUGCAUUUUUUCCUAACUUUUGCACAUUCAUUUGUGUGACUUUUUUGAAUGCACUGAGUGACAGAUGGAUUUGUGCGUGAGUGAGUGACUGUGACCUCUUUGUAUAGUAUAUAGUAUAGGUUUGCCUAAACUGUUUUUGUGUCUAAUUUUUUGCUGUGAAGUCUUGCAUCUAGUGUCUAAAUUAGAAAUGUCAAUCUCUGCGUGCAGGCUAACCACAGCUUUCCCCUCUUUUCCUUCCUCUUAUCAGUUGCCUAACGUCUGCAUGAGCUGCAAUGUAAUCUCUCAAAAGCCUUGUGUUCAUGUUUUGUUUUGGUCACAUGGCCAAGAGGAUGUCUACCUGCCUGUUUCUCUGAGUUAGCAUAGUAGCAUCACACCUUAGGUGGGAUUUAUCUGACUAAAUGAAUGUGCUGCCAGUGAACACUCACGCUCACUCACUCCUUCAUUUAGUCAAGAGCACUUCUGACAUAUUUUGGCAGAAAUGUAGUUCAAAUUCAUAUUAAGCUGAAAAAGCUUAAUCACAGUUAGUCUCAAAGGGCUUCACAUUUAUCACAUUUUAUAAGCUAAUAGAAUCAACACUUUCCACGCAGUCCGUUAAUUAUGAGGCUUAGCUGCUCAGUAUCCUCGAAUUACAGUUUGGUGCUUCGUGAAUCCUAAUAAAGUCCAAAAUAUGAGUAGAGCUUAGCAUAGAUUCAUGUCUAUCAUAAACACACAUAUACACACACACGCACUUUAAAUCACCAACACCAACUUCCAAAAUCGAACAAAAAAUUACACUGGUGGCGAAUUGUGUCUGGGUCGUCACUAAGCCAUGGAUAGCUGCGAGCUGUCAUCCUUCUCCUGGCCAUGCGAUUGUAAUAAUGACAGUGAUUCUUGUCAUUAUCAGGAAGAGGAGAAGUUGAAACUGGGGUGUGAAUCGGCAUACAGUCGGAAACCGAACAAAACAGAAGAACAGCAAACAGGGAGAAGACUCAUGUGCACUAUGGGUAGCCCUGAAGGUGGACAACAAAGAAAGGACUGGGGUUCACAGAGCCUGCAGCAAGUGCUUAUUUUCAUCUUUAGGGCGCAUGCUUAAAGUAGGCUUUGGCUCCACCAUGCUCCCAGCCCAUCAAGUCAGUAUAGUGAUGACCUGUGUUAGCCAUAUUCCUCACAGGAUGCUCAAACUCAAUUAACUUUCCAUCUCGAAAGACCCAUUUUCAUCAGCAAAGUGGUAAAAAAUGUUUUCGUUUGACAUCUAUUCUACCUUUGCAAGCAGUAUGCUUUAUGUUUGGCCUCAACACAGGCACCCAGCCUGACACCAGGGCCUUAACACAAGGUUAAAUUCAGUACGUCCCAUCGUGUUGGUUUCAUUGACUGACUCACACAGUGAAUAUCUCAACAUCAUGGUGCUGGUUGUAAAUGCUGCCUCAGCAGAAUGUCAAUAACCGCCUACUGUUAAAGACUCUCGGACUGACUGGAUGCACACCAUGCUAAUGUUUCUGAGGAAACAGGUACUGUAUGGAUCAUGCUGUUGCAGCUUGCUUGAGAUAAUAAAAACUGUUUUGUGUUGGUACCACCUAUCGCUCAAUCUUAGCAGUGUAACUGUAAAAGCUUUCAUUCAGGGUUCAGUUUAAACUAAAAUAACCAUUUUGCCA